CAAACCGACAAGAACAAGCCGAGUCACAGACGCUAUCAUGGUUAGCCGUUUCGAGCACCCUGCUGGAGGCUAUAAGAAAAUCUUUGAGACUGUGGAGGAGCUAAACGAACCUCUUCCAGCAACCGUCACUGGCUGCAUCCCCUCGUUUAUUAAAGGCAGUCUGCUCCGACUGGGCCCCGGUUUGUUCGAGGUCGGAUCGGAGCCCUUCUACCAUCUUUUCGAUGGCCAGGCCCUCAUGCACAAGUUUGAUUUCAGCAAUGGACAGGUCACGUAUUUCCGCAAGUUUGUCAAAACAGAUGCUUACGUUCGUGCUAUGACAGAGAGUGUUGUAAUUACUGAGUUUGGAACCUGUGCUUAUUCAGAUCCCUGCAAGAACAUCUUCUCCAGGUUCUUUACGUAUUUCAAAGGCGUUGAGGUGACAGACAACUGCCUGGUAAAUGUUUACCCUAUUGGAGAGGAUUUUUAUGCCGUCACGGAGACUAAUUUUAUCACUAAAGUCAAUGUGGAAACCUUGAAAAAGGUUGACAUGUGUGACUAUGUGAACAUAAAUGGAGUAACGGCUCAUCCGCACAUCGAGAAAGACGGUACGGUCUACAACAUCGGAAACUGCAUGGGGAAGGGAGCCGCACUGGCCUACAAUAUCAUCCGAAUCCCACCUAAACAGAAAGACAAAUCAGACCCCAUUGAGAAAUCCAAGGUGGUUGUGCAGUUCCCAAGUGCGGAAAGGUUUAAGCCAUCCUAUGUGCACAGUUUUGGGAUGACAGAAAACUACUUUGUCUUUGUUGAGACGCCUGUUAAAAUCCACCUGCUGAAGUUCCUGAGCGCCUGGAGUAUCCGAGGAUCCAACUAUAUGGACUGCUUUGAAUCCGACGAGGAGAAAGGCACUUGGAUACACAUUGCGAGGAAGCAUCCAGGAGAAUACAUUGACUAUAAAUUCAGAACCGCUGCGAUGGGUCUUUUCCAUCACAUCAACUGCUACGAGGACUCGGGCUUCAUUGUUGUUGACCUGUGUGCCUGGAAAGGCUUUGAAUUUGUCUACAACUACCUGUGGCUGGCAAACCUCCGAGCAAACUGGGAAGAGGUGAAAAGAAAUGCCAUGAUUGCCCCUCAGCCAGAAGUCAGGCGAUACGUGCUUCCUCUGGAUCCCUACAGGGAGGAGCAGGGCAAGAAUCUGGUGUCUCUGCCGUACACCACCACCACGGCCACAAUGCGGGCUGAUGGGACCAUUUGGCUGGAGCCUGAGGUGCUUUUCUCUGGUCCACGACAAGCUUUCGAGUUUCCUCAGAUCAACUACAAAAUGAACAACAGAAAGAAUUACACCUAUGCCUAUGCGCUGGGCCUCAACCACUUUAUCCCUGACAGGAUUUGCAAGCUGAAUGUGAGGACUAAGGAGACCUGGGUUUGGCAGGAGCCGGACUCGUACCCUUCAGAGCCGCUGUUUGUGCAGAACCCCGAUGGAGUGGAUGAGGAUGAUGGUGUCAUAAUGACGAUUGUGGUGUCGCCUGGAGCCCAGAGACCUACAUUUUGCCUGAUCUUGAAUGCUAAGGACCUGUCUGAGAUUGCAAGAGCAGAAGUUGACAUCAUGUCUCCAGUCACCUUCCAUGGCAUGUAUAAACCAUAGAACGGCUGGAUCUACUGAACAUAGAGUCCUCCGGUGAUGAUAAAGUUACUAUAUACUAUACACCAUGACACUGUAAACUAAUAAUAAUAAUAAAACUAUGUUAUUGCACA